CGGACAUGUGAACUCAGUUCGACGACCACCACCAGUAUCGCCAUGGAAGAGGUCCGCGCCUGGACGAAAUCUAUCUCGUCCUUAUCAGAUUCCGAGUUUUCUCCUCCCCUACGUUCGAAACGAGCCCGCCGCUGUACGAGUCAUCACCGACGAGUCCGCCCGCGACUUGAUAUAUCUGCGCAAGCGUCUUCACAUAUCUCAUCCAGCAUGGAUUCGGCUACUGAUGCAUCCUCUAUACUCUCCCUGGACUCUAGAAGAAGACUGAAAGCGACAAGUCCAUUGAUGAAGCGGAAAGGGUCGCAAAGUCCGGAGCGAACACAGCGGGUUUUGCUGGAGCAAGGAAAACCUCCGAUCCGUAUCAGACAACCAGAUAGUACAAGUCGGAUAGCUUCAUCAGAGGAGCUACAAGGCAUUCUAUCCGAUGAUUUCUCCGAUUGUUUUAUCCCAGAAUACUUCAGGGAACGCCUCCGUCAAGCAGAUCCAGUAGUCUUUAGAAACGAUAUUCGAUCGCAUAUGUUCGAACGACCAAAUGAAACAGAGUUGGAUCAGGCGACAACAGAAAAGUUAGAGUCAUUAUGGAGACGGGUGCAACGCAUCCACACAAGAGCAAAACGAUGCAACAACAACAACAAGGACGAGAAUGCAUGGGCAAGAGUUGUUUGGGAAGUUCUAGAGGCAGUGGUAGAGAAUGAUGAUGUUGCAUGUCUGGAAAUCAACAGCGUCCAAUCACAAAGCAUACAUCCCGAUUAUCUAUCGAUAGAUAUUUCGGGUCUGGCAGUAUCAAAAAAGGCCGACUUCGUUCUUGCAUUUUGCGGAGAUGACAAUGAGAACAUCAGCAAAGUCUACGAGAAUUUUAGAUCGGACAACAAAGGUGCCACGCUUAGUCCUAUGACGGAUGCAUACACCUCCGGGACUGCUCUUGCAUGCGCCAUAGAGCUAAAGGAGGCUGGGGGGAAAGCUACAGAAGCAGAGAUGCAACUUGCUGUUUACCAUGCAGCCAUGCUGUGGAAGAUAAGGGAGCUGGUCAACAUGAGGAGAGAAAGGCCGAUGGAGGAGAAGGAGAUAGAGAGUCUAGUACCCUCAGUGUUAGGUUGGACUGUUAUCGGGCAUAAGUGGUCACUGUACAUCUCGAGUCUGCUGCCUGACAACAGCAUUAUGUGCCAAGGUCCUUUCGACGGAUUGCACACCAGUACUUCCACCCGCCAUGGUAUACUCCUCCUUUUCAAUCUUUUGCGGCGCGUGACUGCCGUGGCAUCCGACAUGCUGUGGCCAGCCAUGCAGGAAAUACUUGGCAAAGGCGAAGUUAGAGGCUGGAGACACCAUUUUAGAGAGGCAACAGCGAAUAUAUCCUGA